GAAAUCGAACUCGAACGAAGCCCAAAAAAUAAGAAUUCAAUGAAAAAGUAUGCGAAUCUAAAUGCCGGAGUUGUUAAUAUCGGCCGCGCGAAUGACGAGAGUGGACGAGUGCUAAAAAUGAGUGAAAGUAAUAAGUAGUGAGAAACUCGAAGACGCACUGAUUGAGUCACUGUUACCUUGUAUACAAUGAAGAAUUCCAGAGGCGGAUUAUCUCCGACUAAAGAGAUAACUACUAACACUUAUAGGCGAGCAGUGCAAUUGAAUGGCAACGAAGUGCCCGAUGAAAAUAAGGAGCCAAAGGAGUUUUGCAUGCCGAUUGGCAAUAUGAUAAACGAUUCGAUCUCACAAUCAUCUUCAACAACAUCGUCAUCRUCAUCAUCAUCUUCAACAUCAACGUCAACAACGUCAACUCAGCCGCAUGGCGAGCUAUUGCCGAAAGCCAACUCUGAAUCAGUAGAGCAUAUUUUCAAUGCACCAACGUCAAGUAAUGCUGUCCCUGUAUUGCCAACGACAGCAACAGCCAAUUUGAUGUCUGAAAUUUUGUUGAGACAACAGCAACAUGAUAUGCUUCAGCAUUGGUCCAAAAUGGAGGAGCGAGAUCAGUUAGAGGGCAGUUGCAAUAAUCGUGACUCAAUAUUGGCUCAUUGCAUAUACAAUAGAAAUAAAUCGACACAAAGGCAGCAGCAGCAGCAACAACAACAACAACAACAACAACAACAACAACAACAAUUGCUGGCAACACAAUUACUAUAUGCACAAUUUUUGCAACAGCCUCAUUUGUCCUUGGAUGUUCAUCAGGAGCUCCAGCGAGAGCGUAGGCUACAAAUUUUUGAAUAUUCGGGUUUAACGAAAUCGGAGCCAAAAGMUAUCCCAUUAGCAACGCCAUUGCCAUUGCCAUUGUCAACGGCAAUAUCGCAUGACAACAAUAACAAUAAUCGAAAUGGAGUCGUUGAGCAACGGGGCAGCAGAUGUAUGUCAGGCAAGCGAAGGUCAUCACGAAACAGCGCAACCGAUUCAAAGGUUUAUUUUUUUCGAGAGCAGAAGAAUGUGUUGUUCGAUGUCAAGAAGGGACUAGAGCAGCUGACAUUACUUUGCAGUCAAUUUCAGCUAAGUCUCAUGCAACCAUCAUCGACGGCACAGACAGCUAUUGAUGAAGACAACAACAACACAGCAACCAGCGCGUCCGCCGUGUCACUUGAACUAACCGUGCAGCGCGAGUUAGAGAGCAAUCGAAUGAAGAUCGAUGGCAUGCUGAGUCAAGUGCGUAAGCUCUAUCAUCAGUGGAGCAGUGCCGAGCUCUACUAUCUACGCAGUCUGCAGCGCUUGGGCCUGCAUCCGGAUAGCAGAACGAUAAACAGCAGCCAGUCGCCAACGCACAAUGUGAUGGCUUUGGCUGCGAUUGCGUUAUCAGCUGAGUGUGAUACAGCGUCAAAUAGCAAAGCCGAUGUGGAGAGCAUCCACAAGCAGGAGAACUGCAACAGUAAGCCUGAGACAAUUUCGUCGGAGAAUCGGCGUACGCUACAAGAUAUUGAAAAUAUUAUUAUACAGCAAGCAGCCGCAUCCGCAGGAACUGCAGCAUCUGGCACUACCCAACAAACAAAGCUAUCCAAUUCCAGAUACGAGAGUGCCGAAAGCAGCAACAGCGACGACGAUGACGAGCUCGAUGAAGAUUGUUCAUCCUCACCUGCUUGUAUCUGGCACUCGAAGCACAACGCGCACCCGGCUGAGACAAAUGUUGUUGAUGCAGCCGAAAUACUGUUAGAGUAUACUUCGCUGUCAACAGUGCAGGCAAAAAUGAAUGCCCGAAUUGAUGCUGCGCCUGCGUCUACUCCUGCAACUUCAACUGCUUCUCUUUCGAAUACCUCCGUCUUAAAUCUAAUGCCCAGUAGCCAGCGCGGCUCGCUCAUUCGAGAGUCAGUGUCAAGCUGCGGCAGCGAUCCAGCCUAUUUGGCCGACAUACAAUUCCCACCCACACCAGCCACGCCGCCGACCAGCAGUAAUAGCAGCUGUUCAACAGUCACUGGAGGACCACUUCCACUCAAGUGCUCGAGUGCCACUCUGGCACCGGCUAAUACUAGUAGCAGUAGCAAUAGUGCCAAAUACCAUCAUCGGCGCAAGUCACGCUAUGCACGCCGCAUUGCAACUCCUACGAGUCAGUUGGACUAUCAGUCAAGCAAAGAGUUGAACGGUAACGCGUAUCAAAUCAGUUCGCCAUCAAUGUCUUCAUCUGUUGCAUCAUCCGCCACAUCUUUACCUCCGGGGUCAUCGGCGGCAGCAAUAGCAGCAGCAGCCCUUCAGGAUAGGCAUUCGCCAGCAGCAGCUGUUGCAGCUGUUACAGCUAUGCAGGAAAGAGCCCUAAGCGAUAUUUUUAAGGCACAGUUUGACGCUCUUACUUCGGCUGCUGGAGCUGGAGCUGGAUCUCGAGCUGGAGGUAGAAUUGGAGCGGGGACUGGAGCUUCAUCGGAAGGUGUGCUAAAUGAAAACUGUGAUGGGUUAUCCACUAUGCCUAUGUCUGAUGCGCCCUACGAUUUAAGCAUUGGAAACAGGCUAAACAAAAUAAACUUGGAUACGAAAGGCUCCUCAAAUUCGCAAGCUAACGACUGUAAAGAUAGUUCAAAUGAUAAAAAAAAACCACAUAUCAAGAAACCAUUAAAUGCAUUUAUGCUAUAUAUGAAGGAAAUGCGAGCCAAAGUAGUCGCUGAAUGUACACUCAAAGAGUCAGCGGCGAUAAAUCAAAUAUUGGGUCGGCGGUGGCACGAACUUUCCCGCGAAGAACAAAGCAAAUAUUAUGAAAAAGCGCGACAAGAGCGCCAAUUACAUAUGGAAUUGUAUCCAGGUUGGAGCGCUAGAGAUAACUACGGUUACGUUUCAAAAAAGAAAAAGCGUAAAAAAGACAGAUCGACUUCGGAUUCGGGAGGCAACAAUAUGAAAAAGUGUCGAGCACGCUUUGGACUGGAUCAGCAGAAUCAGUGGUGCAAGCCCUGCAGACGUAAAAAGAAAUGCAUUCGCUAUAUGGAGGCACUGCAUGGAGACGGCCAUGAGGAAGGCAGCGGCAUGGACGACACUGGAAAUCUGAGCCAGCUGAGCGAUGAUGAUGACGAUGACGAUGAGGACCUACUGGUGAGCGGUGGCGCCGGAAUUGGAAGCUCGGGUAGCGGCGAUGAAAUGAUCGAUAUGAAUCAGGAUAAGCUCGCCGACAAUGAGGACACUGAGUCAAUGAGUCAAUCGCUGUCAAGUCCCGGAUGUCUGAGUGGGCUCUCCAGCCUACAGAGUCCGUCAACAACGACGAGCUUGGCCAGUCCACUUAAUAUGAAUAUGUUAACUAGUCCAAUGACGCCCGUCAUCAACACCACCACCAACACGAGCAACAACAAUAGCAAUGUUGGUCCACUUUCUGUUAUUAACAGCAGUAGUACGGAGCAACAGACGUCGUCGGCGAGCAGUCAGUUGUUAAUAUCUGCGUCUGGAUCUGGAUCUAUAUCCGGUUCCGGUACAGGUACAGGUUCAGGUUUAGGUUCCGGUACAGGUUCAGGUUUAGGUUCAGUCUCCAGUUCCAGUAUCGGCUCAACAUGUAGCAUUAGUAACAGCACACCGAAUACCUCUAGCACUGUUUCAUCAUCGAUUGCUGCGACACCGAACUCUGCCAAUGAGCGCGCCAUGAUGCUUCGCAACCGGUUCAGCCAUUUAGGCAUGGGCCUGAAUCCGGAUCAACUUUUCCCAGCUGUAUCUGCAACUGUCAGCAGCAGCCCCAGUACUAUUACAGCUAUCUCUUUGGCAACGAAUAGCUUCAACUGUUACAGUAACGCGGGCAUGAAGGCAACGUCGGUGACGAUUGCUGCUGCUACACCUGCAUCAGUAUCGGUAUCGGGACCCAUAUCGGUAUCGGCACCAGCGUCUACACCUCCAUCGCUACCUGCAAUAAGCCUACAUCGCAAUCCGAUUGGCGCCAAUCCGCGUGACAUUAACAAUCCUCUAAGCAUCAAUCAACUGACUAAGCGCCGCGAGGACAACAAUGUUGCACUGCUCGAAACUCAAUCGGUCUCAGCGGCUUUGGCUCACAAUCCUUACACGCACUCACAUUCGCCACAUCCACACCCACAGCCACACUCACAGCCACCACCACUUACCCACCCGCAUCUACACCCGCAUGUGGAUCAGCACCCGCACCCUCAUCCACAUCCACAUCCACAUCAUUCGCUCUUUAGUAGUAGUAGCUUUAGUCAACACUUCCAGCAACGGUUAAGCAAUCAUCUAGCAGCCACAAACAGCAGCAGACUAAGCAACAGCAGCAACAUUAACAUUGGUCCAGUCGCCCAGUCGUCCAGUGACGCCCCCACUUUAAGUAUAAAGCGUCGCAACACAUCCGAUCCGCCACCAGCGACUGGCAAUAGCGCGACACCCACCUCAACUGAAACUGGAGCAAUAAGCGUUUCGUAGCAGUCUAGCA